GUACUUCGUACUUAACAGAUAUAGUAUGGUGGUCUGGCACUAUUGCAAUGGCUCUGGGUCAAAUAGGUAAUUUCUUGGCCUACACUGCAGUCCCAACUGUGCUCGUGACGCCCUUGGGAGCUCUUGGCGUUCCAUUUGGGUCCAUUUUAGCUUCUUACUUACUGAAAGAAAAACUGAACAUUCUUGGCAAGCUGGGAUGUUUGCUGAGCUGCGCUGGGUCUGUUGUUCUCAUCAUCCAUUCCCCAAAGUCUGAGAGUGUAACGACUCAGGCUGAGCUUGAAGAGAAGCUUACAAAUCCAGUUUUCGUGGGUUAUCUCUGCAUAGUGCUGCUAAUGCUUCUCCUGCUUAUCUUCUGGAUAGCUCCAGCUCAUGGACCUACUAAUAUUAUGGUUUACAUCAGUAUUUGCUCUCUGUUGGGCAGUUUCACUGUUCCCAGCACAAAAGGCAUUGGGUUGGCUGCUCAAGAUAUCUUUCACAAUAACCCAUCAAGUCAAAGGGCUCUGUACCUCUGUCUGGUACUUCUGGCAGUAUUAGGAUGUAGCAUUAUCAUUCAGUUCAGAUAUAUCAAUAAGGCACUGGAAUGUUUCGACUCCUCUGUGUUUGGUGCCAUCUACUAUGUUGUGUUUACCACCCUAGUCCUGCUGGCUUCAGCCAUCCUUUUCAGGGAAUGGAGUAAUGUAGGAGUGGUAGAUUUCUUGGGAAUGGCUUGUGGAUUCACCACCGUAUCUAUUGGAAUUGUUCUUAUACAAGUUUUCAAGGAAUUCAAUUUCAAUAUCGGGGAUUUAAAUAAACCUAACAUGAAAACAGAUUAA